UGCCGGUCUCGUUGCGUUUUUUUUUUUCUCCUCGCCCGUGUGGGUGUUUUUUGUUUCUACCGUUUGUUACGCCAUACCCUCGCCACUCCUCCCCGCCCCGCCCCGACGACACGACGCUGGAUAUAUUCAUUCAUUCGUUCGCUUCAAGCAUAGGUGGAGGUGGAGCACACGGUGGAUAUGCUACUGCUGAUGCUUCCCCCUGCAGGCGGCGACGAUUUGCAAGGUUAAGGUUAAGGGUCCAGCGUUCCAGCGAUCUCUGAAGCAUUUUCUCGCACAACGACGUGCUUGGCGCACUGCUUAUACCGUAAAAACACACACGCCUUGUCUUUCCUUCUGUGCUCGUGUGUGUUGUGUGUGUUUUCGUCCUAUCUGCUAUGGCGACGGUCCCCCCAUUUUUUGUGGCGAGAUGUGUGCUACACGUGUUUCAGCGUGUGUAGAGUACUACACUCUUCAGUGUAUUUUAGCGCUCGAGUAUUUGAGUGACAGAAGACGACCAGCAAACAAGCCGAGCUGGUUGGUCUUCUGCUGCUCCUGAACAGUUGCUUGAUGAUGAAAAAGCGCAACUUGUCUUUUAAAAAAUCAGGGUCGAAGAAGGGGAUAGUGGAGGUCGCGGACGCCAUCGUGGUCAACAAGUCGGACGGUGAUCUGGAGAAAGCGGCUCGAGCCACCGCCAGCGACUACUCGGCGGCGCUCGGCCUCGCGAGGAGAAAGCUGAGCUGCUGGGCUCCGCCGGUGUUGCGCUGCUCGGCGCUGCGGUCAGAGGGUAUCGACCAAGUGUGGGAACAGGUUGUAAAGUUCCGGAGCCUCAUUGAGGGGAACGGGCUGUUGGGCUCGAGGAGAAAACAGCAAGCGGCGCACUGGAUGCGCCAGCACCUGCGCCAGCAGCUCAUGGAUCGCGCCGUCGCCGACGCAGAGGUUCAGACCCUCGCAAAGAGCCUCGAGAUUCCCCUGGCCUUCGGAAAGCUAAGCCCCAGAGCGGCGGCGGAGCGGUUGGUGGAUUGCCUGCUGGGAGACGACAACAACGGCAACACCACCACCAGCGGUAACAGCAAUAUCCACAGCGGCAACAGAACGCGAUAG